UCAGCUUGACAUUUUCAGUGAACAUUUUGCCAGUGUGACCAGUUGUGAAAUUCAGUCAACUGAAGUAGUAAGCUUACUUUAUUUAGUGGGUCCAUACUAUAGGUGAAUACUCAGAUAUCUUCUGCAAGGAAUAGACAAUUUAUUUGAGUUUUUGGUUACAUUAUUUGUGUAAAUCAUUUCGUAGCUUGAUUUAACAUUAGUUCAAUUAUUAAAUUAGUUUGAAAAUCAUUAUAUAAAUCAUACUACAAAUAUAGAUAUGUCUAAAAGUACUGAAUUUUUUUGUCGUUUACCAAGAUCUAUUGAUCUUACUCAAGAUUUAGAAGAUAUUACUCCUGGUCCUAAGGCAAAUGAAGAAUGUCGUGCUGCAUUAUACUCAUCUAAUGGACAUUAUUUUGCUUAUACUCAACCAAAUGAAGUUAUAAUAUUUAAUACUGAAUCAAAAGCAUCAAUUUAUCAUAAAAUUGAUAUGAAAGAUGUUUUUGAUAUUUAUUUUUCUCCAAAUGGAACUUAUUUAUGUUUAUGGUGUAAACCAAUUUUAUUAGAUAAAGAAAGUGGUGUAUGGAAUAAUAAUCUUAAAAUAUUUAAUAUAAAGACAAAAUCUAUUAUUAUUGAAUGGCCUCAAAAGAAUCAAGGUGGUUGGAAACCUCAAUUUACUCAAGAUGAAAAGAUUAUUGCUAAGAAUUCUAAUAAUAAUAAAGAAAUUCAUUUUUAUUCUAUUGAUGCUAAUUCUGAAUUACUUAUUAAUAUUAAUCAACCAAACUUUAAAUAUAAAGUUAGUGAUGCAAAGAUUCCUUAUCAAAAUUUUCAAAUUUCUCCUGGUUUAAAUCCUUCAGUUGCAAUUUUCAUUCCUGAAAAAUCUGGUAAACCUGCUAGUGUAUUGAUUUAUAAUAUUCCAAAUUUUCAACAACCAAUAUGUUCAAAGAAUUUUUUUAAAGCUGAAAGAUGUCAAUUAAAAUGGAAUUCUUUAGGUACUGCUCUUUUAGCUUUGGCUUCAACUGAUCAUGAUACAACCAAUAAAUCUUAUUAUGGAGAAACUAAUUUAUAUCUUUUGGGAAUUGCUGGAUCUUAUGAUUCAAGAAUUGAUUUAAAGAGAGAAGGACCAAUUCAUGAUAUUACUUGGUCACCAUCAGCAAGAGAAUUUGCUGUUAGUUAUGGUUAUAUGCCAUCAGAAACUACAUUUUUUGAUGCUAGAGGAAAUGCAAUUCAUUCAUUACCUAUGGCUCCAAGAAAUACUAUUUUAUAUUCACCUCAUGCAAGAUAUGUUCUUGUAGCUGGAUUUGGUAAUUUACAAGGAACUGUUGAUGUUUAUGAUCGUCAAAAUAAAUUUUCUAAAGUAGUUACUUUUGAAGCUGCUAAUACAUCUGUAUGUGAAUGGUCACCAUGUGGUAGAUUUAUUUUAACUGCUACAACAGCUCCAAGAUUAAGAGUUGAUAAUGGAUGUAAAAUUUGGCAUGCAAGUGGGAAAUUAAUAUAUUUAAGAGAAUAUCAAGAAUUAUAUUCUAUUGGUUGGAAACCUCAAGAUAUAUCGAAAUUUCCUGCUCUUAAACAAUUAGAACCAGCACCUCCAGCUCAUCCAUCUGCUCAAGAAUAUUUAGCUAAACGAGCUGUUGCAUCUGCUACAUCUGCUUCUAAACCUGCUGGAGCUUAUCGUCCACCUCAUGCUAGAAAUAGUGCUAAUACUUCAACCGCUUCUUCAUUAUAUCAAAAGGAAUUAUUACAAAAGGGAAUUUCUGUUCAACAAACUAAUUCUCAAACUAGUAUUAAUUCUCAACCAAGAAAUGGAAUUAAUAUUUCCAGUGGUAGAGCUAGAGUUGUUCCAGGAGCUGCACCAGUUGAAGCUAAAGAGAGUAAAGCUGCUAUUAAAAAUAGAAAAAAGAGAGAAGCUAAGAAACAACAACAAGCAGGAGAAGAAUCUGAUAAGUCACGAACUUCAACUCCACCACCACAAUCAACAUCAACACCAUUAAUUGCAGAUUUAAGUAAUAAUGUUGAAGCAAGUGGUAGUGUUGUUGGAGGAGUUAUUUCAUUAGAAGAGAAAAAGAUUAGAUCAUUAUUAAAGAAAUUAAGAGCUAUUGAACAAUUAAAGAUGAAACAAGCUGCUGGAGAAUCAUUAGAGGAUACUCAAGUUAGUAAAAUUAAGAAAGAAGACGAUAUUAGAAAGGAAUUGUAUAGUUUAGGAUGGAAUGAAUGAGUAGUUUAUAUAGCAGUUUGGGAAUUACCUAAAUAGGAAGUGUAAUUGAAAUACUAUAUACACUAAAAUUAUAAUAAACAUUUAAAUACUGUAUACUAUACAGUACAUGCCACCGCAUUGCAAUGCAAUGUGUGGGACUGCAUCCUAAUUCAUGAAUGAGGGCGUGCACAUACCACAUCGACAUACAGGACAAAGGGUAUCCAAGUGAAGAUCCGACUAAUUCGUGAAAUGCGACAAAACCAAAACAAACCAUAUGUCAAACUUAAAAUGUCGCGUCUCGGGAAGUGUGGAAGAGACAGAAGGGUAGUGACAAUAGCAAGGUAGACAUUAAGACAAUAGGGUAAUAAAAAGAGAAAUAGAAUAGUAUUGACAAAUACUACUAAUAUUGGAAAUAUUAUAAACAGACAAUAGAUUUAGAGAUAGGUAAUAGCGAUAGAUAGACAUUUAGUAGUUCUGAU